AUGCAAGCAUCAACAAAUCUUUUGAGAGAAGAAAAAGAAAAGAAUAUAUAUUUUAAUGAAUCUCAUGAUGCGUUUGUUAAACAUAUUGAAAGUGAAUUAUUGACAACAAAAGGAAAUCAACUUAUAUUAAUUAGUCUUGUUGAUGAAUGGGGAAAAGAAAAUAUUCUUAAUGAUACAUUUUUUGAACAUAUUACGAAAUACAAUAGCCCACAGUUAUCAUAUAUUUCAUUUGAUUUUCAUGAAUAUUGCAAGGGUCUUCAAUUUGGAAAUGUAUUAACACUUUUACAACUUCUUGAUAAAAAUAAUAUCUUUCGAGAAAUGCAUUUUUGUUGGAUUAAUACAGAGAAGAAUAUAGUACUUAGUGAUCAAACAAGUUUAUUUCGUAUUAAUUGUGUUGAUUGUCUUGAUCGAACUAAUGUUGUUCAAGCAGCUAUUGCAAAAACUAUUUUAGAAAUAAUGUUAAAAAAAAUUAGUUUAUUAGAUUUGGAUGAAGGUGGUCUUAAUGAUCAUGCAAGAAAUAUUUUUCAAACAAUGUGGGCAGAUAAUGGUGAUGCAAUUAGUAGACAAUAUGCAGGAACUGAUGCUAUGAAGAAUAAUCUAUAG